UUGUCUUGGUUAAAGAGCUGACUGACAGGUGUUUCCAGGUGAGCCAUGCUGGAGGCUCCGCCCAGCAGAAACUCCUCCCACACCAGCUUUGUGUUUAGAGGUUUUCCUGCGCUGUGGGAACACCGCCACCUGCUGGCGCUGCUCGUCUUCUUCUCCUACCUGUCGGUGCUGCUGGGUAACUUCCUGCUGGUGCUGGUGGUCUGCAGGGAGCGGCGCCUGCACGGCCCCAUGUACUUCCUCAUCUGCGCCCUGUGCGUGGUGGACGUCCUCGUGGUCACCACCAUCAUUCCCAACAUGCUGCUCGGCCUGAUGUUGGACUGGAACCGCAUCUCAUUGGCCGGCUGCCUGAUCCAGAUGUUCUUCACUCACUUCCUGUCCUCGGUGGAGUCCACGCUGCUGCUGGCGAUGGCCCUGGAUCGCUACGUGGCGAUCUGUGAGCCGCUCCGCUAUGCGGAGAUGGUGACCUCGUCCACGCUGCUGAAGCUKCUGCUCUUCAUGCUGGUGCGCAGCGUCUCCAUCAUGGCCACUCUGGUGGCGUUGGCAGGUUCACUGAGGUUCUGCGGCUCCAGCACCAUCCAACAYUGUUACUGCGACCACAUGGCGCUGGUCAGCCUGGCCUGCGGCAGCACAAAGAGGAACCAGGCAGCGGGCCUGGCUGUAAUCAUCUGCUUUGUUGGAGUGGACAUCCCCGUCAUUUUCUUCUCCUACAUGAAGAUCCUCAGCGUGGUCCUGAGGGCGGCAGCAGCUGGCGAGGACCGCCUGAAGGCGUUGCACACCUGCAGCACUCACCUGAUGGUCAUCAUGUGUUUCUACCUGGUGGGCAGCGUCACCUUCCUGUCUCACAACCUGAACAUCCCCAUAGCGACGGACGUCAACACCCUGAUGGGCGUCGUGUACAUCCUGAUCCCGGCGACGGUCAAUCCCAUCAUCUACGGCGUCCGGACCAAAGAGAUCCGAAACGGUCUCCUGAGGCUCCUCAGACUCAGAGAGAAGAAAAUCACAUCUGUGAAGGUUUCACCUUCAGGAGAAACUACACAAAAAACUACAAAAUGUUAACAACUGAUGGGUCAGAUCUUUGUUCUGAAUCAAUCUAAUAAACAACUAACAUAAAACUGUUCUACGAGGAUCCCACAGCCCGGGUUCCUCUGCUGAUCCUGAUCAAAGGUCUUCAUCGUGCUCCAAUAAAACCACCAGCACACAAACUUUCACAUCAGCUACCAAACUUUCUCACAGUUUUUGAGUAAAAACAACAAACACACAGCUGCAAAGGUCUUUUUAUUACAGAUGAGGAGGUCUCUACUACUUUGUGUCAAAAUAAACCACUUUUCAAAUGAAAGUAUGAAGCGAGACGUCAGGGUUUAUAUUCAGAUCUGCAAAGUCUCCCAAAGACCAGACUUGUUCCUAUUCAGCACAAAGAAACUUCAAAGACUUCUGUCAGGUUUAAACUUCCUGUUUUCACAUUCAAAUAAUGUCGAACUAAACUUCAGYCACUUUAUGAUCAGUUCAAAUUUACUGAUGAGAAACACGAAGGAUCAAUAAAAAGUCUGGAGUUAAUCAAUACAUCUGAUCAGUUUACAAAUCWUCAUCAAACAGAUUCUUCAUAGAGAAACCACAGAGGAGAUAAAGAACAAUUAGAAAGUCACAAAUCAUCAUUMAAAUAAAUAUUUAAACACAUCUGGGACGAUGAUGAUGUCAUCAUAAAUUAUUAGUUUUCCUUCAGUACAUCAGCUUCAGAUUCUUUAAAGUAUCAGGAAAUACACUGCCCGGCCAAAACCAAGUGUCCACCUGGAUCUAACCGGGGCUCUUAUUGUGAAAGAGUGGUUCAUUUCCACACAUGGAUCAGCUCCACAGAGUCCACGGAGAAUCUUUGGGAUGUGCUGCAGAAGGUCAGACUCACCAUCACCAAUGCAGGAUCUUGGUGAAGAAUUAAUGCAAAACUGGAUGAAAUAAAUCUGGUGACAGUGGAGAAGCUGAUCCAAACAAAACCACAGAUCAAACUAAACAUGUGACCUUUGUUCUGGAGACAGCUUUYUGUUUGGUCAGGCAGUUUAUAAAAACAAGAAUAAACUGUGAGAAUCCUCAGAGGAGGAAACAUGUGGGCUCAGAAAUGAAAACUAAACAUUUCACUAAACAUGGGACAAAAAUGUCCACAUCAGACCAUCAGAGGUCCACAUCAGACCAUCAGAGGUCCACAGCAGACCAUCAGAGGUCCACAGCAGACCAUCAGAGGUCCACAGCAGACCAUCAG